AUGGGGCUGUAUCUAGCAGAAGAUGUUCAGCUGGAGAAGGGUAUUCUGUUCAAAGCGUUGGCAUGCCACAAGGAUGUUACAGCUCUAAAAGAACUUCUAUUGCGAGCAUUGGAUCGUAAAUCGUCGUUUGUACGUCUUCAGGAUGUCCCUACCGCUUUCCGUGCUGUUUCUGAAAACCCCGUAGGCGAGGAAUUCAUGUUCAAUUUCCUGAUGGAAAGAUGGGAGGAAAUCACUGCGAGCUUGGAAACAGAGCACAGAGCAGUUGAUAAAGUGGUUGGCGCUUGUUGUACAGGAAUUCGUUCUCAGCAACAAAUAGAUCAGAUGAAAACUAUUUUAACUACUAUUCUACUGCUAAGCCUUGCUUUAAUGGUCUCUGGGCAAAGAUGGGGACGAUGGAAAUGGUCAUCGUCGUCAUUCUCCCAUGAACACUGGCAUCGACGGCCAUUUUGGCGUCCAGGAUGGGGAGGUGGAUGGGGACGUCCUGGAUGGGGAGGUGGAUGGGGAGGAGGAUGGCCAGGCUAUCGUCAUGGUUUCCUCGGACCAGGAUAUUUCCCAUAUCGAGCUUAUGGAGGCUGGGGGAAGUAA